CCAGCCCGCGCGCCGCCGCUUCCAGCAGCAGCAGCGCCUGCCGGGCGGAGGGUCUAGUUGGCGCCGCGCGGGCAAGAGCUGAGGCCAAGGCAGAGCGGCGCACGGGGGCAGCGAAGCCCCGGGGGAGGCGGCAACACCAUGGCCGGGCCCCCGCCGCCGCCCCCGGGCCAGGAGGCGCCGCGCUACCAGGAGUGGAUCUUGGACACCAUCGACUCGCUGCGCUCGCGCAAGGCGCGCCCGGACCUGGAGCGCAUCUGCCGCAUGGUGCGCCGGCGGCACGGCCCGGAGCCGGAGCGCACCCGCGCCGAGCUGGAAAAGCUCAUCCAGCAGCGCGCCGUGCUCCGCGUCAGCUACAAGGGAAGCAUCUCGUACCGCAACGCUGCGCGGGUCCAGCCGCCUCGGCGAGGCGGAACGCCCGCCGCCAGCCCCGCGGCCCCGCAGCGGCCGGCCCGCACUUCCCCGCCCAGCGCUCCCGCCGCCGCCACCGCGACGCCCCGGUCCUCCCAGCGUGCAGCGCCUCGCGCGGAGCCAGCCGCGCCGCCGCCACCACCACCGCCGCAGCCGCCUCCUCCUCGUCGGACCGGCCGGGAGCGACCGCCGCCGCCGCCGCCUGCCCCCGCCCCGGAGGAGCCCUCCCCCGUCAGCCUGCGAGAGAUUGUGCGCUACUUGGGCGGCGACGGCGCCGCGCCGGGGGGCGGCCGAGUGACUCGAGGCCGAGCGCAGGGGCUGCUCCAAGAGGAGCGGCUGGAGAGGACCCGCUUGGGUGGCGGCGGGGGCGGCGGCAGCGGCAACAGCGUCGCCUUGCCCAGGGCGGAGAGAGGCGCGCAGGCCCGGGCGCCCAGCGCCAGGGCUUACAGGAACAAGAAGGCAGGUGAGGUCAAAGGUGAAGAAGAAGAAGAAGAAGAGGAGGAAGAAGAGGAUGAAGCCUCCACCAUGUCUGAAGGUUCAGAGGUGGCACAAGAUUAUGAGGCCAGCAACUACAGCAGACCUGGGAUAGGCCAGGUGAACGGGGACUGUAAGGACAGCAAGCAUGGUGGGAAAGAGAUCCCACCCAGCAGUGCCCUCACCAGAGACCUGCGCUCCCUCGAGGAGCAGCCCUUGAACAAAGGAUCAGAGCGCCCCCACCAUGAAGGAAAUGAGCAAUGUCAUACAAAGGCCUCUUGGCCUGGAGAAAGUGCCUGUCACCAUCUGGGGGGCAGCAAGAAAGAUGGCAGCGCCUAUCAGCAGCCAGACAGAGCAGUGUCACCAGCUGUUGCAGGUACUGAGCCCUCUGUGCCCUCAUCCCCUGGGAGACCUGGCAUCCAGGCAGAUGGGAGACCCUUCAGCUGCACCUCAGUGAAGGAGAAGCCUUCUGACCCAGUGGAGUGGACUGUGAGUGAUGUUGUGGAUUAUUUCACAGAAGCUGGUUUUGCUGAGCAAGCAUCUGCCUUUCAAGAACAGGAGAUCGAUGGGAAGUCUCUUCUGCUGAUGCAGCGCACCGAUGUCCUGACCGGCCUAUCCAUCCGCCUGGGGCCUGCUCUCAAAAUCUACGAGUACCACAUCAAGGUGCUGCAGCAGUGCCACUUCGAGGAGGACGAGGGCGACUCCUUCAUGGGCUGAGGACGGGCGCAGCUCGCGAAGGGUGUGGAGAGCUUGGGUGGGGAGAAGUGAACAGGGACUCUGCCAACCGCUACUGUCUCAAGUCAUUUCAGCCUUUCUCUGCCUCCAUGAAAACAAAGAGAAGCAGCUGUGAAGGGAAGAAGGACUUUGGCCAGAUUUUUGUGAAAAGGGUGGGGAGGACAGAAAUGAAGAUCCAGGCUUUGCGGCUUCUCUACCCUGAUUGUCCAGAGAUAGGAAAGACUGGGAGGGAGGGCUGCAAAACAAAUCCCAUCCUUCUCCCAACCUGUCUGUGUUACUUACCCCAGCAUUUUACUUACCAUAGUGCAUUGUCUGUUCUUGGGAAAGGGUGGAAAGAUGUGGUUUUUGUUCCUCUUCCCAGCCGCAGUAUAAUUGAGAUAAUUUGUGCUUCAGCACCCCCCCUUCCCCUUCACCACCACCACCACAACAGCAACCACAGUAGCACUUGAUGGUCCUACCUGCUCCCCUCCCUUUGUUGCUGUUCUCAAGAAGACAAAGAUGGAGCCUGCUGGAGGUGUCAAGAAGUUUUAAUCAAAUAUCUUUUUAUUCUCUUUUCUGUUUGGGUAGGCUUUUCUUCCAGUUUUCAUGGUCAUUGCCCAGAGUCAACUGCUUUUUAUUAUUUCUUUCUUCCCAUUUUUUAAAAAAUAUAAAUAUUUAAACUGGAAAAAAACCAAUUGGUUUAGUAUUCCCAGACUUGUUAGCCUUCUGGAAAGGGGUAUUGGAUCACCUAAAAUGAACAUGUGUCUAAAGGACAAAAGUGUGUGUAAAAAGAGGUGGAAGUCCUGAGUUCUGCUCUCUUUUUCUCUCCUUUUUUUAUUUGAGGGUGGUGGUGUCACCUAGUGGUGUUGCUGAUCGGUUUAUGGGAUGUAUUCUGACUAGUCCAGGGAUGGGAGCAGAACUCUGGAGUUCUGGCUCAAUUUUCAAUGCUAUAAUCAACUGGGGUAAAAAGUGUGAUAACAUUUGCACCAUCACCAGGAGGUCUAAAAUGAAACACUUAGGGUUUAGGGAAGGUCUCUUUGUGGCGGCAGAGCGACGGCAGAGGCAGAUGACUCGUUGUCUGUGUAUAUUCACAACCAGGUAGCUUAGCUGGUGCUCCUAUAGCAGAUAAAAUAAGUGGAGCAAACACUUUGGGGACUGAAAAGGGCGAGGAAAAGAAAUGGUCCUUAGCCCUGUUCUUAGUUACGAAAAAUGGGGUGGUGGUUUUUGUUGCCUUAAGAAAGGAUUUCCUCUUGUUAAAGCAGGCCAAGCCCGCAAAGGUAGACUGUAACAGCAAGAGGAGGUGGUAAAAAAGACUACAGUGAAAUUGGCUCUUUGUGCACACCAAAUGGAGAGGAUCUAGCUAUGGCACACAACACAAAAUCUGAGCUUUCUUGGUGAUUUUUCAGGGCACACCUCUUGAGUACCCCAGUUGCUUAGUAAGUAUCUGUUUCACAAAACAGUUUGAAACUUGCUUCACUGUCACGGCUUUCUGUAAAGAACUGUAGGGAUGAAAACUUUUUGGUGAGGCUGCUGAGAACUCUUUUGUAGUAUCUUAGACCCUUUUACAGAACAACAGUUCCUAGAAUUUGUUGUUUUAGAACCGUGGCAGAUGAGGUUUGAAACUGGUUUAAAUUUGGAAUGUAGACAGGCCCUUAGUACAGUUUCAGGAUCAGUGGGUAGACAGUAACUACCCUGUUUAGUUGUGACUCAGAAACAGAGAAGCGUACGUAGCUCAAGACACAACCCAACAUGCAUGCCUAGAGGAAUGUACAGCUAGACAGGAGCACACUGAAUUUAUGUUCUCGAUAUUUUAUUUGGAACCAUGAGGGCUAGAAACCUAUUGUUUGAACUUUGAAAGCAGAGGUUCUCAAUGUCGUAGCACAAAAGUGCCUCAGGGGCUUACAUACCGGCUGCAUGUUGCCCCCUAUUGCACUAGACCCUACUAUUUUGUCCAGAGCUGGGAAUAAAAAAAAAGAAAGAUGAUUUUUGGGUUCUAAUAUGUAUUCUGUUUAUUGGCCACCAAUAAGAGCUGCCAUAGGCGGUGAAAUUCUUUAGGAACCAAUUUAGAUGACUCAACAGUGGGAGUGAUUUUUCCAACUUUUCGUGCUGUCCUUUUGGGAACAGAGUAGGGCUACAGAAUUGGGCUGCUCGUUUACUUCAUUGUUAUUGACACUGGCAAGGGUGGAAAGAGGAGAGGACAUUAAUAAUCCACAGUGGAAAGGUGUAGAUUAGAGUGGACAAAGCCAAGCAAGGCUGUUCCAGUGCAGUUUUUUGAAAAUUCCUCUAUGAGGCUUCGAUGGGACAAGGUUGUGUUGCCUGUCAGUGCAGAGGGUAGUUCAAAUAAGAGACAAGAUGGAAAGUGGCUUCAGGAUACUACAUUCCUAGAUAUACUAUAGUACAGUUUAAGGGCUGGUAAUACAUGACCAUGUGCUGAUGAAAACACAAAUAGGGUGUUGGCUGGUUGUGUGGUUUUUAAAAACAAACAAACAGAUUUGCGCUUUGGGAUCUAGGCUUGAGCUGGAUGGCAAUGGGCCCAGGUCGUAACAUGCAGGUUUUGGAAAUUUGUGCAGGGGAAAUAGCCUUGGCUAAGGCUGUGCUGAGGUGUGAACCGGGAAUGUCUUCACUAAUUCAACAUCUACAAAAUCCAAAGGCGAAGUUUCCUUAGUAAAGGUGGACACAACAUAUUGCACAGUCUUUUAUGUUGAUCUAGGCUAAUCUAGCGACCGGAAGUUAAACACUUAAAGGGCUAGGAUUUAUUUUGGACCAUUCUAAUGAGGAGAAAUAGUAUUUUAAUACUACAGCUGGUCAAAUACCCGGUAAGUGCUCCAUCACUUUGGGUCAGACUCAGUUCCAACAAAGUUUCAUCUCAACCUUUAUUUGAAAUCUAGUUUGGAUGUGAAGCUGAAACCGAAGGUUUGGGAUGGACUGGGCUGCGGAAUCACGUGCACCCACUUCAAUGCGAGACUUCACACCUGGCUCCCUCUACCUCAGAGCUUUCCAAACUUUUCAUGUUGGCAACACACUUUUUAGACAUGCAUCAUUUCGUGACACAGUAAUUCAGUUUUGCUAGCAAACCAGAGGUUAAACUAACCCCUUUCCAGCACUGGGAAGAGAGCGGGGAGCAUUUGCACGACACACUGACACAUUAGGUGUCGCUACACAGAGUUUGGAAAGCUCUGCUCUACCUGAAUUGAACACAUAACAGUUACUUAACCUAGUCAGAGACUGAAUCACAGACAUUUCCCUAAACUUGCUUAAAAUCCUAAUUUCAAUCAUGGUGCAGGGGUGGUCUAGCACCCAAUGUUGCUGCAGAAGCAAUAUGUCACAGGUGGCGAAAAGCGAAUGGGGGUACAGGGAGUGGGAGAUAUUCUAGGGCAGGCAUCCCCAAACUGCGGCCCUCCAGAUGUUUUGGCCUACAACUCCCAUGAUCCCUAGCUAACAGGA